AAAAACUUGUCCAUUCAUGGGUCUGAGUCUCAGAGAUGUUUCUUUGUGUUGCGCCUGGAUCAUCAGUGUGGCCCCUUUUACGCUGAAUGUUCCUCAAAGGUGUUUGCUGGCAAUCCGAGGUCGUCCAGCUGUACUGGGCUGUGAGUUCACACCUGAUCCUGACCUGUCCAGUCUGGUGGUUACCUGGCAACGACAGGAAGACUCACAAGUUGUUCAUAGUUACUAUUAUCAACAGGACCAAUUGGACCGACAGAGUCCAGAAUAUCACAAUCGGACCUCAUUGUAUAUUUCUGAGCUUGGUAAAGGAAAUGCCUCUCUAAGAAUGCAUCCAGUUGGACUAAAGGAUGCAGGCCGGUACCUGUGUCAAGUGAGCAAUGCUAAAGGGACUGGAAAAGCACUGAUAGAACUGGACUACGGAGCCCUUUAUUCAGAGCCCAGGUUCAACAUUCAUGUGAACUCCACUGCUGUGACGAUGCAGUUUGAAACAGAGGGUUUCCCCAAACCUGAGGUAAUCUGGCUGGAAGAACACAACCAGAACCUCAGCUAUCACCUGGAGAUCCAAGACAAGACAGAAGAUGGACUUUUUUACAUAAAAAGCAGCUAUGUGGUCCAGAAGCCAGUGGUUAAUGUCACAUUAACACUAAAAAACCACCUCCUGAACCAGAACCUGCAGAGAUUGGUGUUCCUCAGCUAUGAUGAGGAUGGAGAUGGAAGCACUGCAAUCAUUAUUCUCUCAAUACUGAGUGUCAUUCUUUUUGUUGUAAUGUUUGUACUAUUAAGAAAACAAAUAAAGACCUACCUAUGAUCCUCCAA